GCGCAAAGGGCGAUGGCGGCGUCGCGCCGCGCUCGGAGCCCCGCGCGGUGACUGCGGGGCGCCAUGCGGUCCCGGUGCGGGGCCGGGCCGCGCUGCUGCGCGCCGUACGCUGUGCUCUGGGCGCUAUGCGCGCUGCUGGGCGCCGGGCUGCGGCCCGUGACGGCGGUGGCGGCGAUGGCGGCGAGCGAGGAGCGGCGCUCGGCGAGCCCCGCAGCGCCGUGCUGGAGGCGGGAGGAGUUCGUGGUGGCGCGGGAGUGCGGCAGCUGCUCCAGCUUCGAGGUGAAAAGCAUCCCCGAAUGCGGCCCCACGGGCUUCGUGGAGAAGAUCAGCUGCGCCGCCUCCAAGCGGGACGAAUACAAGAGCUGCCGCUCGGCCGUGAUGGAGGCGCGGAUCUUCUGGCGUUUCGUGGGCUCCAUGAUGUGUUUGGCCGCCGCCUGCGCCGUGUUGGUGGUUUGGAGGCAGCGGGCGUUGGAUCGGAGGGCGCUGGAAAAGGUUCGCAAACAGAUCGAAUCCAUCUGAAGGCACCCGGGGCACCGGGACGGCACGGGACCCCUUAGAGCCGCCAAUCGUGGACGGGGUGACCCCCCCAUAGGUGUCACCCCACGGACACGGCGUGGUUCCGUGGCUGCCGCCCUGCUGUCACCCCACGGACAGACGCUGUUCCCUGCGGUGCUGCGGGUGCCGCUCCGCGCCGCGGGGGGGCAGCGCGGUUUCCCCGCUUUGGGGCUGUGCAAUAAAUGCCGGGUUGUCACA